AUGACAGUCCCUAACGCACUGCUCGAAAUUGACGCUGCUCUUCAAUGUUUUCAUGUCAAUCGCGAAGCCUUUCGUCCAGUCCGCCCAUCUGGAUUUUCCCUUCCACGCCAGCAUUCCCUUGUUCACUAUCAUUUUCUUAUCACAGAAUUUGGCGCCCCCAAUGGUCUCUGCUCAUCCAUUACCGAGUCCAAACAUAUCAAAGCCGUCAAAAAGCCAUACAGACGAACCAGUCAUAACAAACCCCUAGGUCAGAUGCUUGUCAUCAACCAGUGA